AGCUUGAAGAAAGCAAGCCUACAACACUGACUUUUUGAUGCACCCAUCGGGAUAUCAUUAUUGCGUGAGAGACGGAUCAAAAUGGGUGCGUGGACGUCGUGUUAGUGUAUAGUGUAGUGUAAGUGUCAGUGAUGUGAAGUGAUAAUGUCUGAGGAGCGAUCGCGGCGGUUGUCACAAAUCUUUGACCCGCUGUCCAGGUUCACUGAUCAUGCUGUGCCAGGCUCUUCUAGCACUCCGAAUAGCCCAAGGUUGUUGCCAAGACGGCAGAGAGAUGGACCGCCACCUCCACCGAGGCCCUUUGCCCACUCCUCUCGCAUGGAUCCAUUGGAGUACGAGUUGGCGGCUGCCGAGGACUCUGUCAACUGGCAGGAGAAAUGUCUGGAGCUACAGUUGGAGUUACACAGGAGUAAGCACCAGGCUACGCGGGUCCGAGAUAUGUUACGAGAUAAGCUCUCCGAGCUCGAGCAACGAGUUCUGGAGGCUGAGGGUAGAGCGGAGGAAGCAGAAGACAAGGUCCGCGCCAUGGAGCAGCGGCUAUGCGAAUGGCCGGCGGGCGCUGAAGGUGCUCCUAAAGCCAUCACCAAGCUUGAAGGCCAGAUUGAAGAACAGAAGCAGCUGCGACUUCAAGACGCAAAACAAGUGGAGGCAAAAGCAGCUCGUAUCAAAGAGUGGGUCACGAAUAAGCUUCGGGAACUGGAACAACAAAAUCAAUUGCUUAGAGAACAGAAUGAUCGUUGUAACCAGCAACUUGAGUUACUAAGAAACCAUAUAGCAACUCAGGGAAGCAGAAACAACACUCAGUUUGUGCCCUCUCGAGGGAGUUUAUCCCUAGAAGUGAGGUCUGCGGACCCAACUCGUGCCUCAAGUCUCUUAGCAGCAAAUCGUCGACGCUCAGAAAGUCUAGAGGGCCCACAGUUACCCAUUACAAAAUCUGAGCCCCACUAUAGUACACCAGUACGGCAUCGCAGAAACCUAUCAAUUGGUACAACAAACUUGACACAAACUAAUAUUCCACAAAUAAGCCCAAUGAAUAGGACAAUGGACGAAAGGACAACGGCUAGUUUGUUGGCUGAUGAUCUAGCAGCGGCAGUGGAGAACCUAGUUGUACUUCCAACAACACCAAACACAUCAACAGAUGGCGACACAACUCAUGACUAUGCUGAGAUUUACACACCCAGUCGAGAACGAACACCUGCCUGGCAAGGCAAUGUCAACGUCGUGAUACAAGGGAACAGUAGAGGAGGCUCGUCUACGGGAGACAGUUCCACAUCAGAACAGCCGAGACCGCCUACGCCACCUUUGCACAGGUUUCCCAGCUGGGAAGCGAAGAUAUACCAGGUGGCAGACGACGGCCUUCAACAGUCAGUAGAAGAGGAACUCAGCCCUCCCCCUUGUCCGCGGCCGAUGCACGAGUCCACCAGCUAUCAGGACAUCUCGGUGCCAGUGUACGCUACCGUCAAAGGGAGGGCGAGCCAAAUCCGUUCGAUGCCCUUCACUGGAGACUCUUCGGACGAUUCCUCGGAUGGAGAGGAGUCCAUGGGAGUCACUGUCCAUAACACGCCGAUGCAUAAUCCACAUUUUGGUCAAACAUCCCAGCUGCCAAUAAACAACGUGAACCUUACCAGCAUUCUCCCAGCUGCGAUCCAGCAGACGAGCCACGCUCUGGUCCUCAACAACGGCCAAUGUAGCUCCUCCGAUACGAGCCUCAGUGCCAGCAGCCCCUCCAAGAGCGUGAAGACCAGCUCCAGCUUGAGUCCCGCCAAGAGGUCCAGCAGUGGCUCACCGAGUAAACAGAGUAAGACUAGAGAUACGUCAUUCGAGUCAGGCAUGUCUGAUGACUACGCCAUCCCGCCAGAUGCGAUGUCGAGUGAGCCGAGUGUCAGAGAUUCGCCAAGGAGACACGACGCCUUGGAGAAGAGUGGACACCUUGCCAAGCUUGGUGGGAAGCUUAAGACGUGGAAGAAGAGAUGGUUUGUCCUAAAAAACGGUACGCUCUCAUACUGGAAAUCACAAUCGGAGGUCAACCGCAAACCGCAAGGCCAAAUCGGUCUCGGCGAGGCCUGCAAGAUAUCGCGCAACGAAGGUGCCGCCACAUUCGAAAUAUUCACCGGGAGUCGAACUUACUACCUCACGGCGGACAGUAUCGCCACUAUGGAGGAUUGGAUUCGAGUGCUGCAGAACGUACAAAGACGAAACGCAACAAAAUUACUUCUGAGCAAAGAAGACAAUAAGCCGACAAUACAAGGAUGGCUGACGAAAGUCAAGAAUGGUCACGCGAAGAAAAGCUGGUGUGUGCUGUUGGGGAAGAUGUUCCUGUACUUCAAGUCUCCUAGCGAUCAGAAUCCGACCGGUCAAAUUAACAUGCGGGACGCGCGAGUGGAGGACGUUGAACAUGUCUCGGAUUCUGACUCCGAAGAAAAGAAUGAUGAUGCAAGGAAACACCUUACCGUCGCUAUAUAUCCUCAACAUCAGGGUCCCACCUACCUGCUGCUCGAAUGCAAGGCUGACAAGGACUCGUGGCUGUACCACCUCACAGUGGUCAGCGGAGGAGGAGGCUCUCAAGGCACUCACUUCGAAAGGCUCGUCCAGAAGCUGAUGGAGACUGAUGGGGAUCCCAACUGCGUGUUAUGGCGACAUCCGACCCUACUUUACUCGAAAGAAAACACCACUUCUCCAUUAACUACCCUCAAUUCUGAAGCAUUACAAGCUGAAGCGCUCAAAUUGUUUAAGUGCGUGCAACUGUUCAUGUCUGUGGCCGUGGAGCAGGCGGGCAUCGACUACCACGUGGUGCUGGCCCAGAAUGCCCUCCAGCAAUGCCUGGAAGUGGCGGAGCUGCAGGACGAGCUGGUGUCGGCUCUUUGUAAGCAGUCGGCCCCUCACGCCGCAGCCAAACAUGCCGUUCAGCAACUGCUGCUGUGUGCGACUCAAUCGCUGUUCACUUGCGACACGGGCGCAUCGUCCUCCGUCGGCGGGGACAAGGGAGACAUGCCGCAACAUCCGGCUGGCUCGCCUAGCUCCGUACAGGCGCCAUUAUUAUCUGUGGACUGCAAAAGUAACCCCCCAACGUACAGUUUCAUACAAGGCUGGCAGCUUUUAGCGUUAGCCGUUAGUCUGUUCGUACCGAGGAAUAAUAGACUGUUGUGGUAUCUUAAGCUACAUCUCAGCAGACACUCUGACUCCAAAACGGAAUGUGGGAAAUACGCUGCCUACUGCGCACGCGCACUCGAACGCACGAUACGCGUGGGCGGACGUACUGACAAGCCGUCUCGUAUGGAAGUGCUCUCCAUAUUACUGAAAAACCCCUACCAUCACAGUUUGCCACACGCCAUACCCGUACAUAUGCUCAAUAAUACUUAUCAGGUGAUAAGUUUCGACGGUUCCACAACGGUAGAAGAGUUCCUAUCGACACUUAGCACUGAGCUCGGGUGUCGCGACUCAUCCGCUUCCGGAUUUGCACUUUUCAGCGAUGACCCGAUUGAGAAAGACUUGGAGCAUCACAUCAAGCCUGACAAAAAGCUAUGCGACGUAAUUUCUCGAUGGGAAACGGCUCUAAGGGAAAAGGGCUCCGGAAAAUUCGAAAACUCUCGAGUGAUUCGUUUGACGUUCAGAAAUCGACUUUACUUCAAGAGUUCCGUUCGGACGGAGACUGAUAAGGAGAGACUGCUUCUGUGCUAUCAGGUUAAUCAGCAAGUGGUAGCUGGCAGAUUCCCCGUAACUAGAGAAUUGGCGGCGGAACUCGGUGCCCUAAUGGCCCAAUUGGACAUGGGCGACUACAGCGCGUCCAACACUCAACACAAUCAGCCGCUUGCGCAUCGAUUCUACCCUUACAGAUAUAGGGCGGGGCUAACUAAUGACGAGUUAAGGGACGUUGAAGAAAAGCUUCGCUCAAAGUGGGUAGCCCUAAAAGGGCGUAGUACAGCGGACUGUGUACGAAUUUACCUCAACUGUACCAGAAAGUGGCCUUUCUUUGGAGCCACACUGUUUCAAGCUAGGAUAAAACAGCCGGACCUCUCGAUGGCGUGGCUGGCAGUGUCUGAGGAUGGGGUGACCGUACUAGAAUUGGCCUCCAUGUCUGUUAUAGGCCGAUACGCCCUCAACUCUAUCGGCCUCUUUGGUGGAUUACAGGACGACCUGAUGAUGCUGAUAGACGCUGAGGAUUCUACUAGUCCCGUUCACAAGAUGUUGAUUAGCCUCAAUAAACCUAGAAUGGUAGAGCUGACCCAUCUAAUAGCGGACUACAAGAACACGCACCGACCCACAGGCACCGGGACGCCCCAAAUGAACUCCCUCACCCGAAACGGAAGCCACCGGUCCAUACGUAAGCCAUCCACGUUGCCACACGUCCAUCACACCCUCAACUCCAACACCACCAUGACCCUGGGGUCGGAGAGGAAUGCCACAUUAACCCUUUCCUCACACACCUCGACCUUCAAUCACCUGGAGAGGGCAGUGUCUCACGGACAACCGGAUAUUUUGAAAUCCACUCCCGAUCACAAGAAACGUGCGCACACGCAGGAUGGGAUUGCGUGAUUUUAAGCUCGGACGGAUGUUCCGUAAUUUUGUAUAGGAAGGGUUUUAUUAUUAUGUAUUAUACAAAAACUCGAGUUAGAAUUAUGGUUACUCUGUCUGCUAUUAUAUAUGUCACGGAACAACAUAUUCGAUUAAAAAUUACAUACAAAUAUAACUCGAUUUCUGUAUAAAACAAAUUGUCAACUAAUAAUGACAUAGUGCACACAUUAAACGAUUGUGACGUUACAGUGACAAAUGUCAUUUGUCAAAACCAAAACGAGCGUGACAUUUCUAAGUUCGACAUUUUGACAAUUACAUUUGUUUUACAAGUGUCAGCAAAUCCUAACAGUAAUGAUUAGACUUUUUUUUUGCCAAACACUCAAAAGCUACGCGAUAAUUAUUUAUUAUGGCAAUUAUUUUUUUAUGUGCUGACUGUAUUUUAAUUGACCUCAACAAUUAAGAAAAAAUAUUAACGUAAUCAAUAUGACAAAUCGAUAAAUACGACGAAAAGCGACGUUCACUAAAUACCUCAUAUUACGUAGCCGGCUCUUCGCCUUGUAUUAUACUCAUUAUUUUGUAUAAGUUUUUCGGCUUAGUGCUUAAAAUGUGUGAUUGUGUGUUAGCUCGGAUUCAACGGUAAUAUUUAGAUUACUUCGUUUACAUUGUUAAUGAAACAAAAGCUAUUUGAUAGCCUAUUUUAAUAACAAAAGUUAACAAAAGAUAAUUGAGUAAUCUACAAACCAUUAUGCAAAAGGAACCUUCGUUUUUACGUGACAACAUCUAAUCAAUCGAUGAACGCCGUCUGCUCGCACGAAAACGCGACAUAUUGUCCCGUUACGCUUAUUGUCCCGUUACGCUCAUAGUCUGCUAGCGCCGCAUCUGUUUCUCUUCUACUCCAUUGUCCUAUAUGUCCAUUCAAGAUAGUGAUGAUGCAAUAAAAUCAUUCAAUGUUAUUCAUAACAGUAUGCAAUCGUUUCAUCAAUGCUAUGACGUUGUCACGUUGAACUAUCGUCCGUAAACCAACUUUACAAACAAACAUAUAAAACACAUUAGAAAAGAUAUUUUUUUUUAAUUUUCUCAUAAUUUGCUUCUAAAUGUUGCCGUUUAAUUACUUCAUAUUAUGUGCAGGGUAUAAGCUAUAGACACUAGAUCCAAAGAAAUAGUAUUGUUUUAGAGGUGCUUAUUGCUUGAGAAUUUACUUCGUACUGAAAAUGACGCUAUUUCUGAAAGUUUUCUAAAAAAUAUUUGCCUAAACAGUAUUCAAGUCGUAAUCAAAUUUCACUGCCAAGUGUAAAUAUAUUAAUAAGGUUCAAAUCUAUAGUCUAGACUUUCUUGUAUAAAAUGACUAAAAUUAGUUAAGUUUAACACUAGCACAAACUUCGAAUAUUCUAUAGAUUUUACCCUUAUUCUUGACGUUCAACAUUUUACGGUUUUGAAUCACCAAUCCUGUUUGUCUCGUGAGUUCUUGCAUUAAAGAAACUUCGGAUUUAAAAUAUCCUUUACAAAAAAAGGAAAUACAGUGUAAACUCUGUAUAACGUCACUGACUGUGCAUUUUAUGGGGUCGUUAAAUAGAGAGAAGAAAAACGUAAUAAUCCAUGACUCCUACUUAUUAGUCAAGGUCAACAACGUUCUACACGAGCAAGCAAAUCCUAUUUGUAAACAAAAUAACGCAUUUCUUAGAAAGUCCGUAUGCAUAAUAAAUCGUACACAACUCCGCAGUUUUUACUAUUUGUAGCAACAUAAAAAGUACUUUAUUACUCAAUUGUUGUCGUUAUUGAUAGUGAAAUGCUAUGUUGAGUGUCAUUGUAUGGAAGUCACGCUAAAUCAACCAAAGCCAAGUGAUUCCAACGCUUUAGGGAGUUUGUCGUUAAAACUAGAGGGGUUACAUAGAGUUCACACUGUACUUGGAAAUACUUAAAUAUAUUUUGUAACUAAAGCUUACCAAACGUUUAGAAAAUUGAGCGGAAAAUCCUUGCUUAAUGGCUAAUGCCAUUACAAUGCUCUACAACCAACUACAAAGUAUUAACACUAGACUGAAGUAAAAUAAGAUCUUCAACGAAUCUCCUAUAGAAAAUGUACGAAUUUUACAAAUUCAAGGUCUCGGGCCUCGCUUGGAAAUCGGAAAUCUCGUCUGUAUAUGUUUGAUCGUAAGUAUAGUUUAGUAUUAGUGGAUUAAAAUUAUGUGCGGAAUAAUGCUAAAAGUAGAAUUUUCGAUACAUUUAGUCACGAUAAAAGUAGUGAAAUAUCGAAUUUCCUAAUAACAAAGAAAUAUCGACCAAAUCUGCUUUGUAUGACGCGCAAUUUUGAUUUCAGUAUUAAAUAAAAAAUAUUUGACAUAACAUCGCAACCGCAUUGUUAAUUUUCUUUUGCAGUUUUAAUUAAAUUAAUUUUUAACUAAACCUAUACUAAAGUCAAAAUCGCGUGUCAAGUUAGUGAUCUUUAUUGUAUUGCACUUUUUGCAUCACACCUGUUAAUAUUAUUGUAAAGAAUAAUGUAUAAUACGAUUAGUAUUCUAAUAUAAGUUGUAUAGAAUGGCUAUUAUAGGUAAUUUAUUAUAAUUUUAAAUGUCAUUUUUGGCCUAAAUAAUGCCUAUAAUGUAGAGCCUAAAUUUUGUACUACAGAAUGAAUGCUCGGUAAUUUUUGUUUUUACGAAUCAAUAAACGUGUAUUGA